GGUUGGGGCAUGGGCUUCUGUUUUCGGUCUGGGCCACAUUGGUGGCCCGAGUCCCUGACCAAAAAAAAUCCAAGGUGACACCAAUUCAACAGAAUCAGAAUCCGAUCAAAACCAGCAUCAUCGACCUCUUUGUUCAUACGUUCCGGCGAGUUAAAUUGGCCGUUAGAGAGAGAUGGCUAGUGCUGGAGAAAAAAGAGGAAGGGAUGAUGUGGAUGAUAAACUGAAUAACACGGUGGAAGUAACUUCUUCUGAUGAAGAUGACGACGACGAUUGCGAUUCAGAACCAGUUUUUAUGCGUCUCUUUAGUAAGCAACUCACUGAGGCUGAACUUUCUGAGUAUUAUAGCCGGUCCUUCAGCAGCAAUGGAUUUGAUGUUCCCGAGUUUGGAUGUGCAUUAGCUGGCGGAAUUAGACCCAUGAAGCUGGGUGGAAGAUAUGACGAACUUGUGUGCAAUUUUGCUAAGCAAGCCUUGCAAGUCUACAAUAACCAAAAUAAUGCGAAUUUUGAGUUUGAUCAUCUUGUCAAGGCUAAUAUCCAAGCUGUUUCCGGCUUUAUGUAUUACAUUACUUUUACUGCACGCUCUGGGGAUAAUGCGCCUCAAACCUUUUGCACCAAAGUAUGGCAAAAAGUAAUGAAUAAGGGAACAGAAGUUAAGUUUUGUGUGAUGGCAACUGUUAAGCAGGAAGCUGGUACAUAUCAGGUGUCAGUCGCGGAGACGAGUCUAGGACCCUGUUCUAGUUGUGUUUGAUGGGUCCUUCCUUCAGGAAGGAAAACUCUUUAUGGAAGAGUCUAAGUCCCUGUUCUAGUUGUUUGAUGGUUUGCUCCUUCAAGAAGGAAAAAACUCUGAUGCUUUUAUAUAAUUUUCAUACUGAUGAAAUAGAGUCUAGGUCAUGUUCUAGUUGUGUUUUAUGGUUUGCUCUUUCAAGAACGAAAACAAUCUAAAAUGAAAUUAUAUAAUUUUAAUACUUAUGAAACAGAUUAUAGGUCCCUUGUGUUUUAAACUUUGGCUAUGUUGAUCUUUACUAUAUUGUCCCAUAAAAAAACAAGGUUAGACCCUUUAUAAACCUGUUUAGAGCUCUAAUUAUACACAGGUUUUUUCAAAUCCACGACAGUUUUAGCUGAUAAAUUUUAUUGUGAUCAGCAGAACUGCUUAGCAGCCUCUACAUUCUUUUGCAUUCAACUAUACAUUAUUCCUUUGCAUAUGAAGUUUUCUUCACUUUGAAUUCUGCCCCCAUCUAUUUCCAUAGUUGCCUGUGCUUAUGUAUUCCUUUUCUGGUUCAAGCUCUCUUGGUUUCUUCUUCUCAUU